GAGUUUCAGAGACUUGGAGAAUCUAUGCCAAGGCUCAUUUAGGUGUUUCAAUACUUAUGCUGUGUUUCCUUUUAGUUGUUGCAUGUCUUUCACGUCCUGUACCUUUAUUAGUCUUACAAGAAAUAUUCACUUCAACACACAGAGAGCAGCUGUGGAGACGAAACGUUUAUGCCCUAGAAGAGACCCUUCACAGACCUCUAAAAGGAUCUUUGUUGGCUGGGGCAAGCCGAGGGGGAGGCAAGGAGGGUGACGCCAAGCCUCAGCUACAGGUCAGUUUUACAGGUUGAGUGCUUCCUGUCAUCCAGUGUGGAGAUUCCACCUAACUGUACCCUCAGCAAAACUAAAUCCUCAUGAGGAAUUUGGUGCAGAGAGUGGUUCUGUCGGGACCGUGAUGUAUUACGUCACAAAAAACAGCCACUCCACAAUAGGGAAUGUGUAAUUAAUAGGUUUUUUGAAGCCAUCUGUCCAACCAAAUGCAUCAUUAAAGGGGAAGAUGGAUAUUGCACUCAACACAAGGGCAUUUUGACUUGCAUCAGCCACUGUAUGUCUGUUAAACAUGCAAACAGCAAAGGACCCCAGACCUGAAAGACCUUCUGAGGAGUGGAUAUUGGCCAGCUUCAAUAAACACCACCACACUUUACACACUGGACCUCCUGAUCUCCUUUCAAGUACUCAAGGUCAUCUCUCCAAGAUUCUCCAGACAAGCCUUCGCAAAGCUGCUGGAGCAUUGCACGAAGUGUGGAGGAAGAUCUGGAAAUAUCAACGGCGAUGCACUGCAACGCAGCUUCUUGGAGUUUUCAUACGCUUCAUUUGAAGCAGACCAGCUCUGCUGUGGUGCUCCUUUCACCUGCCCAGCCUGAACGCUUAGAAUUGUUGGCUGCUUCAGCAGAUGGAAACAGAAAGCUAUAUCGCUUUUGCACAAACAGAAGACUGUGGCUUGCAAAUAUUGGCCAUACUUGAAGAAAGUUGCUAGUGUCCUUCCUGAUCUUCAGGAGCUGACCUCAAUUAAACCUUUCCUUAAUGUUAUGCAUGCUUGAGCCACGCUACAAAGUGUGAGGUUAAAUGAAGUGCUAGGAACCAGGAAGGAACAGGGACAACCACCGGUGAGUGGAGCAAGUGAACAGCUACCUUUCACGUUGUGCCCGUACAACCAAAUAUAUGUCCAAAGCAGACAUCCAGCACGAGACUGCAAGGCUAGCAGAACUAAAAACAAAGCUACAUCGCACAGAUAAAGGGGCGUCACAAUGGCUUUCUGAUGUGAAAGAAUGGGUAGCUCGUGAGACAUCAGAAACAUCUCAUGCCAGUCAAGGCACCACACACAGAGAACUUCAGCAGUCAAUUGAGGGGCUUUAUCUUGGUGUGAUGCUGUGCAAGCAAACUCUCUACCGUCAGAAUGACAGCAGCAAGCUUCGCCACCACCUUCGAAGAAAGCUGGCAGAUGACAAAAAGCUCCUUCUUCAGGAGAUACAGAAAUACAAUGAUCUUGUACUAGACUCUGCCACAAACAUCAUUGACCUAGCUGUGGUGGAGCAUUCCCUCACUGGAGAGAGCAGUGUGUCUCAGAUAUGGCCGUGGGACCUUCAUGACAGUGCAAACAUUUCAGUCAAGAAACGAUUGCAUGACCAAGUGAUGUUGACAAUGCGACUGCAAGAGGAAAGGGGCAUUGUGGUGUUGGAGAUGGCUCAACAAUACACAUGGUUGCAGAGCCUGGCAGUGGCUCUCAAGCACAAGAUGGCUGAGGAGGGUAAGUUAAAUAAAAAUCCUGUCAAUUCAAAGUAUGAAUAAAGAAGUCACCCUCAG